CCUCGGCGCCCGGCCCUGCGUGGCCGCCCCUGCCGCCACCCGCGCCCGCCGGGGCCCGGAGGGAUGUGGAAGCCACAGGAUGCCCGGCCUCGGCACCGGAAAGAGGUUUAAGCCCACCAAGUACAUCCCGGUCUCCACGGCCGCCGCCCUCCUGGUGGGCGCCUCCACGCUCUUCUUCGUCUUCACGUGCCCGUGGUUGACCAGAGCCAUCUCCCCAGCCGUCCCUGUCUACAAUGGGAUCGUCUUCCUCUUUGUGCUGGCCAACUUCAGCAUGGCUACCUUCAUGGACCCCGGUGUCUUCCCUCGAGCGGAUGAGGACGAGGACAAGGAGGACGACUUUCGAGCUCCGCUGUAUAAGAACGUGGAGAUCAAGGGGAUUCAAGUACGGAUGAAAUGGUGCGGCACCUGCCACUUCUACCGGCCCCCGCGCUGCUCUCACUGCAGCGUCUGCGACAAUUGUGUGGAGGACUUUGACCAUCACUGCCCCUGGGUCAACAACUGCAUCGGGAGACGCAACUACAGAUACUUUUUCCUCUUUUUGCUGUCCCUCAGUGCACACAUGGUUGGCGUGUUUGCUUUUGGGAUGGUCUUUGUCCUCCACCACCCUGACCAACUAGGGGCAGCCCACACAGCCAUCACGAUGGCCGUCAUGUGCGUGGCGGGCCUUUUCUUCAUCCCCGUCAUCGGCCUCACUGGCUUCCACAUCGUCCUGGUGGCCCGGGGCCGAACCACCAACGAGCAGGUGACAGGCAAGUUCCGUGGAGGCGUUAACCCCUUCACUCGCGGAUGCUAUGGGAAUGUGGAGCACGUGCUGUGCAGCCCACUGGCCCCCAGGUACGUGGCAGAGCCCAGGCUGAAGCUGGCCGUGAGCGUGAAGCCCCCCUUCCUGCGGCCCGAUCUCUCCGACAGGCAGGUCUCAGUGAAGGUCAGUGACAAUGGAAUCCAGGCCAGCUUGAGCCGCAGCAAGUCCAAGAUUAGUCUGGGCGGGCUGGACGAAAAGUCCCUGGAUCUGCAGCCUCCCCUGCCCACCAAGGGAGAGCCCGGCAAGUACACUGAGCUUCAGGGGAGCAGCGACGAGGGGGGCCUGUCUCCCAAGCUGACCAGCCCCCCAACCCCUGCCAUGUACAAGUAUCGGCCCGGCUUCACCAAUAGCUCCAAGAUUCAUUACCACGCCACGGCUGACCAGAUCACCCUUCAGGAUGGCAGCCUGGGGGAGGACGAUGGCGGGACCCUGGACUACCAGUCGGAGCCCAACCUGGACCUUCCCGACCACCACCGGAGUGCCCUUCACAAGACAUACCGGUCGUCCCCGCUCCACAUGGAUUCCUACGCCGCCAACUCGCGGUCCCUGAGCCUGAAGUCGGCCAGCAGGCAGGGGACGGACCAGGUUGCCCUCCACCCCCUGAAACCCGAAGGAGCUCCCCCGACCCCCUACAAGACCAUCUUUUCUCCCAACUCCCUGUCUAACCGCAACAGCAGCCUCUCGUACGACAGCCUGUUGAACCCCAUGUCGCCGGCGGGCCGCAAGUGCCCGGCCCACUCGGCGAUCGGCUCGGCGGGCUACCACUCGCCCUAUCUGUCGGCCAAGAUGUGCCACCUGCGCGGGGGCGAGCUGCAGCGGCCGGGGCCCCGCAGCUUCAGCCCGGUUCUGGGCGGGGGCGGCCCCGGCUCGCACCCCCGGGACCCUUCUCCGGUGCGCUACGACAACCUCUCCAAAACCAUCAUGGCCUCCAUCCAGGAGCGCAAAGAGAUGGAGGAGAGGGAGAAGCUGCUGCACUCACACCCGGACUCGGUGUUCGGAGACUCCGGCGUCUACGACACCCCCAGCUCCUACAGCCUCCAGCAGGUCAGCACGCUGUCCUCGGACGACCCUCGCAGCCUGGCGCUGCCCUGCGGCUCCCGCGAGAACCUGACCUUGGCCAGCGGGGGCUUCGGCGCCCGGAGCCCCUUACUGCAGUCUUCUCUAUCCUCCCUCUCGGGGGUCAUGGCGCGCGCCCCGAGGACUUCCACCACCUCCCUCCAGGCCGACUUGGCCAACAAUAACGUUCAGAGCCACCAGACGCUGCAGGGCCGGGGCCCCGGUGGUCCCUUCAUGUCCCCAGGCCACCAGGUCCCGCCUUCCCCCUCUGGGAUGCCCAGGUCGCCUUCCUAUGGAGGCCCCAAGGCCGUCUCCUUUAUUAAUACUGUGGAAAUCACAGAGCCACCUCCUCUAGUUCAAAGGGAGCACGUGCUGCUGAAGACCCCUCAGAGUAUUCUAAAUGGACAGUCUAAAGGCCUUCCCAGACUGGGGCCCGUGGCCAGCACCCAGGGGGGCCCGGGGAGCCCUUCCAGGCACACGAAUGUUAAGAAGGUGUCCGGAGUCGGGGGGACCACGUAUGAAAUUUCAGUGUGAAGAGGGAGCCUCUCCUGUCCUGCCUUGCGACCUUUGGUGCCCCAAAGACGGAACCCGAAGCAGAUGCCACCUGGGGGGGCCCGAUUCCCCCCGUAUUUCUCUCUCUUCUUCCCUACGAGCCCGCCUUCUUCAGCCCCUCCCCUCUCAGCGCCCCCAAGGAAGGGGACGGACAGUCUGGAAUGUCAGAAGAGCCGGGCCCGGCCCGGGAGAUGCUCGGACUUGGGCGCCAUUUUUUGAGACUGGGUCGGCUCGCUCUCAUUUCCCAGGGCGCACGGCAGGCCCGGACAUCCCGCGUCCGUCCCGGCCAGGCCCGUGUGCGUUGGCGGCCGGCGGGGCCCCACCUUUAUCGUGCUGCUGUGACGAUGGGUCCAAACAGAACCUUCCUCAUCUCCAACCCGUCCGUGUGGGUCCCCGUCCCGCAGCGCUCUCCCUAGCGGCCCCCUAGGGCGGCUGUGGCCGUGGAGAGCGUCGGAUGGACCGCAGGAAGCCCGGUCAGCUGGGGCGGCUUCCCCUCAGGCCCCCGGCUCUCUCCUUGUUUCCCAGUCCGGCCGCCAUUGAAGCCGGCGCCGCCACGGGCUGGGCAGCGAGAAGCGGGAGCCUCAACGUCCCGUGCCGAGGGACCCCCGACUGCGGGGCCGGGCUUGGGCUGCCCCCGACUGCCCCCGAGGAGCUGACCGUGCUCUCUGGCUGAGGCUCCCCUCUUCCUUCCUCUGGUCACACAGACUUUUUUCCCCACUUUGGACUGAGCUCAUCUACUCUGAAUUUUUCCAGGCAGAGCACACAUACCUCAUUAGGCUUGACCACAAAGAUGGGGGUGGGGUGACUCCAUUAAGAAUCCAAAGGAAAUCUCUUUUGUUCCCACCGAUGUUCUUAGAGGGAGAGAGGAGGGAGCCUCAAAGGCCCAGGCCCAGCUGACCAACGUGUGGGGAAGAAGGCGCGUCCCUCACGAAACUAUGCAGAAAUUGCUUGCCAGGAGUGUGCCCGAGCCCGGCCGAGGGUGCCCCCGGUCCCGCUGGCUCUUCCCAGCUGGCUCUCUGCACCGGGCGUCACGGGCUGGAGCUGCCCCGCGGACUCUGAGGGGACGGAGACCCAGCCGCCUUCUGCCCAAGACCUUUCCCGUAUCUUCCUGAGAACCGUGUCCCUUUGGCAAUGGGGGUGAAGAGCUGAGGAUGCGAAGGGUACCGUCGGCUGUCUGCUGCUCUGGGCUCCGGGUAAACGAAGAGCGCGGGCUGGCUCGUCUCGGGGCCGGGGGAGCCCAGAAUUCUUUGUGGUCCGACUGGCGAGAAGCCAGCCAGCUGUCUCAAUCUUCCUGGAGCCGGUAGCCUCGGUGAAUACGUGCCUGAUUCCAACAACAAAAGCACCCAAAGUUGCAGUACCCAGAACCCUUGGCCACGAACCGUUGGCAGGCGCUCAGAGGCUCCAGCGAAUCCCCCUGAGCGUGGCACACGGAACCCCCAUCUGUCGCUAUUAACAAGUUGCCUUUUCCCUAGCCUUCUUCGUGAUGAUAUUUAGCUUCACAAGCUUUCCCUCCUUCCUUCCCCCUUCCUCUCUUUCUCCCUCCAGGACUUCCAGAUCCUCGGUUUCUCUCAGCUUUUAGGAAGGGGAGAAUAACGUUCCCCUCCGUAUUUGUGGAAUCCUUCUGUGCCCUGUGUGACAAAAAGGGUGUGUGUGGAGUUUUCCAGGAUGAGUAGCAAUAGUCUGGGUCUUUAGUCGCCCCUGUGUGUGGGUUCCCCAUCUGUUCCCCCCACCAAGCAAAUGAUUCUGUCGUCUUUGUUCUCUGGUCUUCUAGAACCCGUCAUUUGUCCAUAUCUCGUAUUAACUGUAUAACGUGGUGGGGGGGAAAUUGUGCUUAUGGCUGUGGGGACAUGUACUUGAAGCCUUAAUUCUCUGUGUUUCUAUUGCUGGGUGGGUGGGGGGGGGAGGGUUGAUGUAAAUGGAAACCAUGAGCUAAUCAACCGUGGGAAUCCUAGAGCCGUGAGGAUAAAGUAGGGUGGGUUCAUCCCCCGAUCUCCACCCCGACCUCUCGAAACCCCCAUCAGAAACGAUAACUCCAGAGCUCGAUUUCUGCCGUUAAAAAAUCGGCCAGAUCAGGAGUUUGGGCCAAAGAGGUGCUCAGAUUUACCCCGAUGAGAAGCGCUUUUUUAUCACUUGCUUCUGUGUGGGUUACAUGCUUUAUUUUUAUUUAAUUUGGGGGUUUUCUAUAAUUUUAUUAAAAAAAGAGAGAAACCACAUUUAA